UUCCUCUGAAGGACAGGUGCUCGGCGUGGACAUCGCAGGAAAGAGCUCCCUGGUACAGUGCAUCAGUCAGGAUCAGGUCUCCUUGCCUACGGUUGUACCUUCCCAGUGAUGGUACUCCCCAGUGAUGGUUCUCCUGGUGCUCCAGUGAUGUCUCUCCUGGUGACAAUAUCAGAUCUCCGUGCCCAAUGAUGGCUCUCCUGGUGCCAAGAUCCGCUCUCCUUGCUGGUUGGGUAUUCGUAAACAAAGCGCCUACCUUGCUUGGUGCAGGCAGGCCAGUGAAACAAAGGAACUCCCGUCUGCCUGUUUUUCCUGAGGAUUCGCCCCCAGUGCCCAGACAGGCCAGUGAAACAAAGGAACUCCCGCCCGCCUGUUUGCCCUGAGGAUUCGCCCCCAGCGCCCGGACAGGCUGAGCUAGGAGUGCACUGCACUACGCCUCUGCCCAUAAUCAUCCUAAUGUAGUGACAUUGCUAUCGUCCAACGACUGUACCGAUAUUAAUAUGAAGGAUGAUGAAGGCUGCACACCCUUAAUUAAGGCCACCCAACGGGACAACAUAGAGUGCAUCUCUAUACUACUCAUGCACGGUGCUGAUCCCCACAUUAUAGAUGCCAAUGGCGAUGCUGCCCUCCACCACGCCAUUUGCAGAGGGAACAUAACAGUUGUCAGCAAACUGCUGGAGUAUAAUGUAGAUAUUGACACCGAAACAGAGUAUGGGUUGACACCCUAUAAACUCGCUUUAUUUGAAAAUCAACUUAAAAUGGCGGAGUUUUUAAUUGAGAACGGUGCAGAUGCACCUUCGGAGCUUACACCAAAUAGUGGAGGAGCAGCUGCAGUAGAAUCAGAACAAUCAAUGAAAAAGUAUGCCAUCUUCAACCAAGAAGAAAAUUUCAGCACUGACAUAAAGUCUUCUUGCAGUGCAGUAAGACCAGCAAGACAGCUAAAAUCCCUAUUGAAGAAGUCUUUCCAGAUUAAAAGAGGUAGUCGAAGACUAAAAGACCAGAUCUCACUCAGUGAAGGAACAAUGACAAGAGAGCCAGAGAAGAGAAAGAAAAAGUGUGUCACCUUCAACAAAGAAGUACAUUACAAUACCAAUAAGAAGCCUUUUUGCAGGGGCAUACGACCACCUGAAGAGCUGAAACCAAUACUUAAGUCUCUUCAGAUCAGUGGAGAUAAUGGAAGAAAUCAAGACCAAAUCUCACUCAGGCUCUCUGAAAGACCUCAUGUUACAACAGAGGACAUGGCCACCACCUCUGCUAUUAAGGAGGAUAUUGACAACUCUUCCUCCAGGUACACGAUCAUACAGAAACAAAUUUUGUAUUACAAGAAGAUCACUGCAAUGAAGAAACUGGACCAAGCAGGUCUUAGCAAAUCAGUGCUAGACCUAAGUACUCUGGGAGAGGCACUUCCUGAAUUCUCUAGAAAGAAGUCAUUCUUCAUGGUUGAAACAAAGAAGGGAGAAGGUUUCCUUCCUCCACCUAAUGUGCAUGACAUCGUGCCCCAGCCUCCUGCCCAUGCCGAUGCGACAUCAACUUCUCAUGUUAGUGAAAAAGGUGACAAUCGUCAGUCACCUGAGGAAACUACUGUUAAGAACACCAGCGUUAGUGAAAGAGGUGACAGUCGUCAGUCACCUGAGGAAACAGCUGUUAACAUCACCAGCGUUAGUGAAAGAGGUGACAGUCGUCAGUCACCUGAGGAAACAGCUGUUAACAACACCAGCGUUAGUGAAAGAGGUGACAAUCGUCAGUCACCUGAAGAAACUACUGUUAACAACAUCAGCGUGGAUCACACACGUUCUCUAGGUGACGCGUUGCACCCUCAGAAUGCUAAUAUGCGGGUUCUUGCUUCAAGUCCCGCUCACCGCACCAGCUAUGCAGCGAAUACCCCCACCAAGGUUUUUUCAAUUUGGGCAGCAACCGCAUCAUUGCUUCUCCUAACAUCGUCAUUAUGGUUGCUGAAGUUGGUGGCUUUGAUGAUGCCGUGGGUAUGGAACCUAAUUUAGAAAUCCUGCACAGUUAAAGUUACAAGGAGCUUAACAAGUUUCUGCUGAAGAACCUAUGAGGAUCUCCUGUCAUCAAGUAACAAACUGUCAGAAACAUUUUUUGAGGUUUUCUUUCAUUUUAUUGUUUGAAGAAUAUUUUCAGUUUACUCUUUGACAUUUUAAUGUAUGUAAUUUAGUUUCUGCUGAAGAACCUAUGAGGAUCUCCUGUCAUCAAGUAACAAACUGUCAGAAACAUUUUUUGAGGUUUUCUUUCAUUUUAUUGUUUGAAGAAUAUUUUCAGUUUACUCUUUGACAUUUUAAUGUAUGUAAUUCAGAUCAUCCAUGUUGCUCAUAUCUUCCCAAUCUCUGUCCUCUGCCUCCAUCCCAUCCCCUAACUUGUCCUCAUCCCAUUUUUGUGUCAUUUAUCUUAAGGAGUGUGACUUCCAGUAGGAUCCCCACAGCCAAGUGCAUGUGGACAUUAUCAGUUGGACUGAGUGAGGUAUUAAAAUAGGGAGGGAGACAUAACAUCCAUCUUUCACUACUUUUGCAGAUAAAUUACAUAUAGUGUUUUGUUCCUUGAAUUACUGGCCAGGCAUUAAAUCAUUAUAUCUUAUCUUAUUCUACAGACCUUAUUAUGCUUUCAGAACAUGUAAAGCUUGCUAAACUUUCAUUCACCAAUUAAACAUGUAUUGUACAUGCAUCCCCAGAGAGAUGGCACAACUCAAGGGGAUACUCAAUUCAAUAGGAAUUUGACUUUUCUAGUGGAACAGACUGAUAAAUUCAGAAAGAUAAAAAAAAUACUUUGCUACUUGGACUUUCUCCCUUAGUCCUUGAUCAGAGGUCUCCUAGUUGUGCAGAAUUCUAAGGAGAUUAAGGAGCUGUAAUGGAGAGCUGAAAGCAGCAAAGGGUCAAAAGUAUUUCCAAGAGGUCAAUAAAUUUAUUAUUCUGCCAUCUGAUAAAAUAUUGAAAUAAAUUUCUGCCUAGAAUGAAUUUCAUGAGAUUUGUAGAAAAUGAAUAGAGUUGUUCAUUUGUAACAAAAGAUGACAAAUAUUAGAUGCCGAGUUUGCCACAUCUUUAUGAAUACAAAUAUAGAUAUGUAUGGGUUCCUUGGCACCCUAUUGUUCAACACUCUGGAAUGAAAAAUUCCACUGAGAAUUGUUGAGGCUAAGAGGCCCAGCUAGGGCUAGAAUAUAAAAAUCAACAUGGCAAAUGUAUGUGGGGGUUUAUUUAUGUAUAUAUGUACAAUUAAAAUACAUGGUCCUUUAAAUGAGCUCAAUUUUAUUCAGAAUGCAUGAUUUUAAAACUGUGUUUUUGAAGAAGCAUGUGGAAUAUACUGCAGGGGAGGAAAGAAUACUAUCAAAAUAUAUCAUAAAAAUAAAUUAUAAUGUAUUUCUGGUAGCAUAUAGUAAUCUAGUUCCCUCUUAGUUCACCGCCUUUUGUAGUAUUCUAAAAAACCUAUUAACCUGUUGUACAUUAUUUUGAAAGAUUAAAGAUAUUAGAACCUUUAAAAAUGAUGUUAUUAUGAUGUUAUUACAUUGACUUUCAAGUGAUAAUCUGUCAGAAAUAUUUUAUAAAAUUUAGAAAUUUUCCUCAUUUGGACCUUGGGAGCUCAGUCCAGUGCUCCAAUGUGGGUCUCUGUCUCUAUCUUCAUCCAUCACCACAUUCAUCAGUGUGGCUAUAGGAUAGGGCCAGUUCAGGCGGCCUCUCCUCAGCUGCUCAAGGAACAAGCUGGGGACAUCUCCUUGGAUACUUGGGAACCUCUCUAGAGUCCAGUCUCUUGCCAACUCUAAAAUGGCUCCCUUAAUUAAGAUAUAUAAUUCCCUGCUCCCAUAUCCUCUCUUCCUCCAUCCCAACCAUCCCAUUCCCCCAA